CUGUUCAUAUAAAUUAUAUUAAAAAUUAAAUCAUGCGAUUCAAGCUUGUAUUAAUUUUUCUGACGAUUAAAUUGUUUAAUAUUCACAUUUGUGAUCAAACUGAAAGAUCAUGGCAACCAGAUUAUUUUAAAUCUUCUGAGAGACAGUAUAAACAAAAAAGGGAUACGGAAUUAAUAUCGGAACAAGAUGAUCCACUCUUAAUAUUUUCUACAUUAGAUGGUUCUUUGAUCGGUAUAAAACAACGUUCUGGAAAUAUACUUUGGCGACAAAAUGAUGCAUUCGUUACAGAACCAAUCGUCAAAGUGCCAGUUGAACUUGGAAGAACUUCCAUGCCUAUGUUUUUACCAGAUCCAAAGGAUGGCUCUUUAUACGUGUUUGGAACAGAAACCGAAGCUUUAAAAAAACUACCAUUCACCAUUCCACAACUUGUGGCAAAUAGUCCUUGUCGAAGUAGCGAUGGAAUAUUAUAUACCGGUAGAAAAAUUGAUACUUGGUUCGGCAUCGAUCCUAGAACCGGUCAAAGAGAACAACUUCUAGGAUUCGAUAAAGUUAAAAAUACUUGCCCCGUAGAAAUGCAAAAUGCUGUUUUCAUGGGACGUACAGAAUACAGUAUUAUUAUGGUGGAUAGUAAACAGAAGAAUCGAAAAUGGAACGUUACAUUUUAUGAUUAUUCGGCUACAAAGAUGGAACCUGAAGGAAUAGAAAAUUAUGAUCUAGUUCAUUUCGCGACGAGUUCAACGGGACGAAUUGUCACCGUAGAUAGAAAAUUGGGAAUUAUUUUAUGGGAAUUAGAUGUACAAAGUCCCGUGAUAGCAGUAUACAUCGUAAGAGAAGAUGGAUUGUUAACAGUUCCCUUUACCAGCGUUGCAGAUGAAACUUUAAAUCUCAUCUUAAAACGUUUUGCGAACAAACCGAGCGAUAUUCAAUUAUUCCCAACAUUAUAUAUCGGCCAACACAGACACGGAUUGUACGCUUUACCAUCUCUCGUUGAUUUAACAACAGCUACUAUAUCAAAUAAUAUUGGUCAAUUAUUGCUCGAAGGUCCAUUAUCAGUUCCACAAUUAGGAAAAAAUGAUAAUGGAAAUGUACCCUUGUCCGAUACGUAUAACAAUGAAUAUCAGGCAGUUAUAACGUUAGGUCAUUAUGAAAUACCAGCUGAAUAUAAAUUACAAGAAUCACAACCACUUCAAAUUACCGGUCGAUCCGAUCCUGUGAUCGAAACAUUACCUUUACGAUAUUCAAAUUCUACAAAACAAUCAUUAUUCAGUUUACAAGAUGACGAGAAAUCUAACAACGAUACAAAUAACGAAUCGUGGCGUGAAUUUAUGCAGAAUGUUUAUACAAUGGGCAAAAAUUGGUUCAGUCAACAGGAAAACAAAGGAUUAAAAUUAACAUUAAUCGUACUAUUAGGAUGCAUAUUAGUAAUGUUUUGGUAUUUAAACGCACAAUUCAAGGAAUUUCAACAAUUGUCUCAGGGUUCCCGAGAAAAUAACAGUACCAGUGAUUAUUAUGGAACACGAUCGAACGCCCUUGUAGUUCCAGAAGAUAUGGGCGAAGGAGUAGUAAAGGUUGGAAAGAUAACUUUCGAUACCGGACAAGUUUUGGGUAAAGGAUGCGAGGGAACUUUCGUUUAUAGAGGUAAUUUUGAUGGACGAUCCGUAGCUGUAAAGCGUUUGUUACCAGAUUGUUUUACAUUUGCCGAUCGAGAAGUAGCGUUACUCAGAGAAUCGGAUGCGCACGCAAACGUUGUGCGAUAUUUUUGUACCGAGCAAGAUAGAAUGUUUAGAUAUAUCGCAUUAGAAUUAGCCGAAGCAACUUUACAAGAUUACGUGGCAGGAAAGUACGAUAAAAAAAAAAUAUCGGCAAAAAGUAUUCUACGACAAGCUACGUCAGGAUUAGCUCAUCUACAUCUUCUUGACAUCGUGCACAGGGAUAUAAAACCGCACAAUGUGUUAUUAUCAACUCCGGGACCUCGUGGAGAAGUAAGAGCUAUGAUAUCGGAUUUUGGAUUAUGCAAAAAACUUCAAUUGGGUCGCGUAUCUUUUUCACGUAGAUCAGGCGUAACAGGAACGGAUGGUUGGAUCGCGCCGGAAAUGUUAAAUGGAAAUAGAACGACUUGCGCUGUGGAUAUUUUUUCUCUUGGUUGCGUUUUUUAUUAUGUUCUUUCUAAUGGAAAACAUCCAUUUGGAGAUCCAUUACGGCGACAAGCUAACAUUCUUUGCGGGGAAAAUGACUUAACAGCUCUGCACGAUGAAAUUUCCCAAAAUGACAAAGAGUUGGCGUUAAUACUUAUAAAAGCAAUGAUCGCAAACAAUCCAUCGGAACGACCUCCGGUUAUGGCUGUUCAUGAUCAUCCAAUAUUUUGGGAACCUGCUAAAAUCCUUGGAUUUUUUCAGGAUGUGAGCGAUCGAGUAGAAAAAGAGGAAACGAGCAGUCCGGCAUUACUCGCAUUAGAAUUUGAAUGCAAUCGUGUGGUGCAAGGAGAUUGGAGAUUGCUCAUCGAUGUAGAAGUUGCAACCGAUCUUCGAAAAUACAGAAGUUACAGAGGUGAAAGUGUUAGAGAUCUGCUGAGAGCAUUGCGAAACAAGAAGCAUCAUUACAGAGAAUUGAGUCAGCAAGCUCAAGAAAGUCUUGGAUAUAUUCCUGACAAGUUCACCGAAUAUUGGCUUUCUAGAUUUCCCUCUUUGCUUUCGCACGUUUGGUGCGCUAUGCAAACUUUCCGCAACGAGCCAACAUUAAGAGAUUAUUAUCAUGCCGAUUACACAUUUGCAAUUAUCAGCGAAGGAGAAUCUUUACAGAUUAAAAGUACGCAUCCAUCAAAUUAUAUUUCUUGCAAAGUUCAAGAUAAUAUCGAUUGGAGUCCAAAUAGGACGAGAUACCGAAGUCAAAGAAAAAAAUACGAGAAAAAAAAACUUGAUAUUCCAAUCGCUUGGACCUUACCUUCGAAUUAGAGACAGAAUUUUAAAUUAAGGAGUUUAGAGACACUAUUAUUAUAGUGUUUUACGAAUAUGUACGUGUUGUAUAUAUACAUUAAGAAAAAAAUGAACGAACGAACGUUUUAAAAAUUAUAACGCGCUCAAAGCUAUCGAACAUCGCUGAAAACUACUAAACGAUGUAGAAAAUUUAAAAUAUUUGUAAAUAUUAUGCGAUAUUAUUGUAGUAAAAAAAAUUUGUAAAAAAAAUAACAAAAAAAUAAAAAAAAUAAUAACGUUAUAAUAAAAUAAGAAAAUAAUAAUUAUCUAAAAAAAAAUUUAAACACAAAGUUCGAACUUCAAAAGUUUCAACGAUACGUGAUAAAAUAUUUUAAAUCGUGAU